AUGAAGCCAGAGAAUGAACAGUUAUUUGGUUCAAGAAUCUCGUUCGGGCAGGGUAAAACUGCCACAACAAUACUCACAGAAGGUGGCUAUUACUACCCUGUUAUACACGAACCCUACAAUCUCAGAGCUGCUGAUAGACAACCACGCCCAUGGACAUCCUCAUCCAGCCCAAGAAAAGGGGACCGACCUAUGCACAGAACAACACUCACCAUUGCAAAACCACCCUGGUCUCCUGAUUAUACAACAAUUCAUAAACAGGAUUUCAGUGGAAGCAAGACUUUAGAACCAGCCAGUUUUCAAAGUCAAUGUAGAUCCAUGCAUACAUCCCAGAUACAGUUUGGCACAGUUGAGGUACCCGACCGCUUCAUAUCAGACCAUAUGAGUACAUACAGAAAACAAGACAGAACUGUUAGUGCUAGGCCCUACCUUAAGUCCUUAGAGAACAAGCUGAACCAGAUAGAAGGAGCAAAGGUUAAAGAUGUGAUUAAGCCAGACAAGGAACCACAGAGUUACUGGUCCCAAUACAACAGAAUACACAAUAAACUGGGUCUGCUGAGGGGUCCAGGAGUAGAAAGAGAGUACCCAGUCAGGCUCCAGUAUGACCCUAUUACAGGAGAAGAGAAAGGGCAGGCAUGGAAACCAAACAAUUUGAGAGUGUCAGGAAACAGAGUGCUUUAUGGCAUGAGAAGGCAACUGAGUGCAAUGCCAUUUUUAUUUUAG